AUCCAAUAUUGUAACGUUAACUUCUCUCUCUCUCAAAUUGCUGAGAGACCUGAGGAGCAAUGGAACCCAAUCUCCCUGCAAUGUCUGCUACUCCCUCAAAUGAUGAGGAAAAAUCUUACAUUCAUGGAAUGUCUGAUGGAAUACCUGCUAGCUGUCCAAGUGUUAAGUUUCUAAAGUCAGCUUUUGAUGAGGUCGACCAGCAUUGCUCUCUAGAUAUAUUGCCUAUACUUUUUGAGGAGGCUCAGGUUCCAACAAAGUUAAAAUAUCCCUUCCACAGAUCACAUGUCCCAGAAAUAUUUAACAUGUCAAUGCUGCCCAAGGAAGGCAAUAGUCCACAAUGUGGUUUCCAAUUGGCCUUGUUGAGCUUCCUAAAAGUUUAUAAUCCAUUUAAAAGUCAGAUGUGCAUGGAUGCACAGUUGACUUGCCACAACUGCAAUGAUUCACAACAGAACAUUGGAGAUGCUCAUCCCCCAUUGAUCAUGGAGAUAGAUAUUGAGAAGGAAUAUAAUCAAGCACGGGACUCUGAAGAGGAAGCUGUUGAAAAUUUGAAAAGUGGUGGUGUACUUAGGGUGUUGCAGAGACAGACAAGCCCAAAAGUAGGUGGGAAACUCAUGCAAAUACUAUUCGACCAUGGCACUUCAAAAGACAACCCAGUGACUGAAAAAACUUAUGAAACACCAAAUAACCGGUCGAGAAGAUGCAAACGCAGUGCCUCAUUUGAUUCAAGAAAAGUCGUCCUCCUAUUCUCAGUCCUAUCAAGUUUGGGAACAUUGGUGCUGAUAUGUCUAACACUGAGAGUUCGGCUAAGUGGUGAUGGUCUCGUUCUUGUCUAAUUCACUGCCCUUUGAACUACUGUGUUUUUUUUUUAUUUGAGAAGAAAAUUACUAUGUUGUUGUGUUUGAGUACUUCCUUCCGUAAUGUAUAUAUUGAUAAGUUCGUGCGGCAUCAAAUCACUGUGUAUAUGGAUAAUGGAACUUGUAUAUGUAUGUCCCUGAUGUUCUGCGAUUUGCAGCAAUUG